AUGUCAAAGCGAAGUCGUGAGAGAAGUCGGAGUCCACCGGGCCGGAGGUACUCAUCCGGCAGCGCCUAUGGCAAUGGCAACAGGCGGCACAGCGGAGGGCGGGAAGAUCCGAGAGCGGGAAAGCUACGAGCAAUCAAGCAACUUCUUGCGGAGCCUGCGGAGCCCCGCAGCGGUUACGCCAAGGACCCGCCGGAAGAGCGGGCCGUGGAGUUGGCCCGCAUGCUGUCGGCGAGGCGGUACCUAGAUGGCGGCGCCGAUAUGGAGGACGUGGCCACCUUGCUGGUGGAGGCGGCAGGGACGCUGAGCAUCCAGACGCCGGUGUACGCCUUAACGACGGCGCUGUGCGUGGCGUCGGCCAAGUCGCCGAAGCGCUCCGGCAGCCGUGAGCGGGAAGGCGGGGGGGACGGCGGCGGGGGUGAUGAUAAUGAUGGUAACGCCGCUACCGCCAGGGACUCCAUGGUCACGGACGACGCGGCGGACUCUCGGGAGGAUGGUCCGUCUUUCGGGCGCUUGGUGGUGGACGGGUGUUGCCAUGCCUUCGCCGAGGCUCUUCGGAAGGGCGGGUUCAUAAGGGCGAAGCUCCUGCUGCGGUUCCUGGGAGAGCUUCUGAACUGCGGUCUAGUGGAGGCCCAGGAGUACGGGGACAUGCUCGCCAUGCUCUGCGCCGGCUACGUCAAGACGGAGGCGUGGGUUGCGGGAUUCAGCAACCUUAUGGACGAGCUGCGGUUGUUCAUGUCCGGGCGUCACGCGCCAUUCCGCCUCAACAGCCUGAGAGCGGUGUUCGUCACGCCGGAAGACGACGAAGAAGAGGAGGAAGCCCAGGGUGGAAACCCCGGGGCCGAUGGAGAAGACCGCCAAGGCGACCAACCCAAGCAGCCCAUGGAGGACAGCCUCUCCAUCCUGUGGGAGGUCGUGAGCGCGCUGCAUGACAGCGGCUGGAACGAGGACGACCUGCCGCGGGCGACGCCUCGGGUGUGGAAAACCCCGACGGCAGAGCCGAGGCUCUCGAACCUCAGCAGCCUGUCGCUGCCGGACGACUUUGUUACUUCGGAUACGAUCCCGGCGGAGUUGACGGGCAUGGGGCCGUGCGAGAUGGCCGCCUGCGCUGGCGUGGACGUUGGCACCACGAGUCCCGCAGACCGCCCCGACUGGAGCUAUGCUUUGGGUAUCAUGGGAGAGCGAGACCUGUUCGACGAGGAUGACGGUGUCGGACCAGCUUCCUGCUGUCCGGAGCUCCUGCCUAAGAAGGAGCGUGUCGUGCUGGUGGAGUACUGCAAGGAUAUCCUGGCCUGCUUCCAGCCUGUGUGUCGAGCCGAUGGCACGAAGGUUGGCAAGUGGGCCAUGCUUGUGGACCAGCUGGUCAGCAUUCGCGACUCGGCUCCGAGCGGGUGCCAGGUGGCCUACCUGAUCACGGAGGUUUUGUUCCUGGCCAUGCUCCAGUUACCCGCGGCGGAGCACCUGGCGAUUUCCUGCCACCGCACGAUCUUGGAGCUGUGCCGCAUCGUGCCCAAAGAGGCUCCUGCCGCGGUAUCGUACUGCACGGGGCGGCUGUUCGACGAGCUGGAACGACUUGAUUCCACGGUGGCGUCACGGUUCGGGACUUGGUUCGCCGACCACCUCAAGAACACCGAGUACAAGUGGCCUUUCUGGAAGCACUGGUGCAACGUGGUGGAACUGCAACCAGACAACGCUCAGAGGGUGUUCGUGUCGAACGUCCUGGCUGCGCUGGUGAAGCUGAGCUACACCGACAGAAUCAAGAAGACGUUGCCGGAGGCCCUCUGGCCACUCUUGCCGCUAGAUCCGACACCGGUAUGCCCGUACUUGGACGGAGCCACUGGGAUUCCCGCGAGUUUGCAGCGGAUCGCAGCCGACCUGUCGAGUCGCGUCUCCUCCCGAGAGGACGUGGAGGACCUUCAGGUCCUUCUUCGGGGGGGGCAGGCAUCACCGACACACACCUUCGUCUACCUUGAUAGGUACCGAAGCUACCUGCGGACUCUACGCCGGGACGAGGCGCUGGGAGAAGCCAAUCAGGUUGCAAUGCUGGAUGGCGUGGCGCAGCUUUGGGAGCAUUCUCCUCAGUGGUUCUGCCUGGUGUGCAAGUAUUUGCUGGACAUUGGAGUCCUAAGCCCCACCACCGUGGUCUACUACGUGUUCAGGGAGGACAACAACAACGCCAUCGCCCUCAGCCCGUUCCUGUGGGAGGUGAUGAGCAAAGCCAUAAGCUUGUACACGGACCGGGUGACCCUCUCUCUGGGCGAGCUGCGAGACUUGGAGAAGAGCGCGAAGGCUCUGGAUGAGGCUAUCGAUGAACGUCUCAAGAACAGGAGUCCGGUCCCUUCGACGGAGGAGGGCGACGACAAUGCGCCGCCGGCCGACCCGCAAGACGUGGAGGAGAAGCAGAGGAUGUCGAACGACAUCGAGGACCAGCGGGACGUCGUCCGCGAGGCGGUGCAGCAGGCGAGGGCCCUGUGCACCGCCACCGUCUCCAGCUUCGUGCAGGCCCUGGCGAACGCCCUGCCCCAGUACGCGGCCAACGGGAUGACCGACUUCUCCGCGGACCCGUGGUGGGUGAGCAUGACGUCGUACCUCAAGGGGUCGCUGUCGUUGUUUUCCGCGCUGCCGGGGGUGCCAGCGCGCCAUUUUACCGCCGCCACCGAGGACGACGACGAAGGCGAAGAGGAGGCGGUGGAGGAGGAGGAGGAGCGGCGGAUCCUUACCGCCGGCGAGGUGGAAGAGUUGGCGACGGCUGCCGGGUGUCUGGAGCACGUGGAGGCCAUUGUCGUUGAUCUCAAGGGCAUGGCAUGAGCGGUUUUGCGGAGCAGAGCAAAAUCGCGGGCGCUUGGAGUGGAGUUGGCGCCGAAGCCUUGCUCCCUGCCGUACUUGCAGGCCACGGAAGAGCGGGGAUAGAUGUCGCACCACCCGAAGGUCAAGAUUCGGUUGGCCAGUAGCGAGCAAGGCGGAAGGGUGCGCAAUUCAUCUUGUCGUCGUUCUUGUUGGUGUCUCUCUCAUGAGGUCGUAUGCAUAAGCACUACCGCCCUACGUAGUCAUUAGUCACAAGCGGGGCAAAAAGCAGCGUGCCGGAUGGCGAAAGAGACAAGAGCACGUACGGUAUGAAAGCGCAUAAUCUUGGACGCGGGGGGUUCCUUUUUCAGCUGAAUGAGACGAAGGCUUGAUCUCACGUGCGGCUUGAGGUGUAGGGAGGAGAGGGGGGCGCGUCUCGUUAUUUGUAGGUGGUGCCAAGGGCACCGCGUAGGCUGAAUCUCGUCUACCAGCACCGACUAGUCUUGAGCAACGAUGUAGCAAAGUCUGUUGCAGCAACAACCAAAGGUGGUGCGCUAUUGAUGUUCGAACAAGAAUGGC